AUGCUUGCAGAGUCUAGCUCGAUCAGAGCGGAGGCAAACGCUUUGUACUCGUCAGGGGAUUAUGAAAAUGCACUGGCCAGGUACGAAGAUGCCAUGUCGUCGUGUCCCAACUAUCUGCACUACGAACGUGCCGUGAUUCAGAGCAACAUGGCUGCCUGCCACUUGCAGGUAGAGCAGUGGAAGGAGGCCAUCAAAAUCGCCACCAACGCACUGGAUGGACUGGGGGAGCUGGACAAGACAGACCCGGACCUGUGCAAUUCAACUGGCAACCCGACAGCUUCGAGUUCGCGCGACCAGGAAACCGGGAAGCCCUCCGCCACAGAUGCAGACGAUGCCGACGAAGAAAUCAUCAGCUCUGGCGCGUCCCGUGCUGCUCCUGCCCCUGCGCCAUCGCAACCCGACAAGUCCCCGGUGGAAAAGACAAGAGCAGAUAUUCAGAGAAUCCGCACCAAGGCCUUGCUGCGACGUGCCCGGGCUCGUUCCGAAGCCGGAGGUUGGCAAAAUCUCGCUGGCGCAGAGGAGGAUUACAAGGCACUAUCGACAAUGCCUGGCUUGGGAGCUGCCGAUUUGCGCACGGUUCAACGUCAACUCAAGGCGCUGCCCCCUCGAACAAAGGCCGCCCAGGAGAAGGAAAUGUCGGAAAUGUGGGGGAAGUUGAAGAGCCUCGGAGACGGCAUAUUAAGGCCGUUUGGGUUAAGUACCGACAAUUUCCAGAUGGUCAAAGAUGAAAAGACGGGGGGUUACAGCAUGAAUUUCGCAUCGGGGGGGGGAUCAUCAAAGUCGUCCUAG